AUGGCUCAUGAGUGUGUACAAGUUGCUGUCAGAAUACGUCCAUUGGUGCAAUCUGAAAUUAAUACAGGGUGCCAAGUAUGUCUUGAUGUUGUUCCGGGUGAACCACAGGUACAAUUGCGGGGCACAGAAAAAUCUUUUACAUACAAUCAUGUCUUUGGGGCUGAUAUUGAACAAGAGGAUUUCUAUAAUACUGCUGUCAAAGGAAUGGUGGACAAUAUUUUCAAAGGGUAUAAUGUAACGAUCUUAGCCUAUGGCCAGACAGGUAGUGGGAAAACCCAUUCAAUGGGAACUUGUUACAACGGUGGACCAAACAUGGGUGUAAUUCCUCGUGCUAUUCAAGAUAUAUUUAAAAUAUCAGAAGCAAAACAGGAGUAUGACAUAAAAGUCUCAAUUUCUUUCCUGGAGCUGUAUCAGGAGCAGCUCUAUGAUCUUUUAAUGGAUAAGCCACGCAGUCAAUGUAUUGUCGACAUUAGAGAAGAUUCUGUAAAGGGCAUCACCGUAUCUGGUUUAACAGAAAUUGAA